ACUUGUGGAGAGGCCAGUGCAGUGUGUCUAUGCGAGAGGUUCUCUUGCACAACCUACUGUGAACAACAUCCUCAAGCAGAUAUACAAAAGUGUGAACAAUGUGGGAAAAAUCGCUUUAUGCUUACCAGAUACUCAGAGGGAUAUGGAACAGAGGAGGAGGUUGUCCAGUCAGAUCCUCAGGGAGAAAGCGAUGCUGACGCUGAUAUUGAGGACACAGAUAGCAGGCUGCCAUUGGCUCAGGCUGCAGGUGGCCGGUUCCUUGCAGCGAGUUAGCUCUCGGAAACGGAAGCGUCAGCGAAUCACCAGGCAGGACACGACCGAGAGCGAGGAUGAUGGAGGGCAAACUCAGAGGACUCAUCGUUGGAAUCUCAGACUGAGUCCCCACCGCACUCACAACAAGACCAUUCUGGAGGAGAGUGUCUCCCAGGUGCGGCCCCUCGUCCUCUGCCACUGCACCGCUGGUGAGGGCCAGACCACGCAGGUGGACGCGCCCAAGGGCCCCAGGAAGUGGUGCCUGACCCAGUGGCCCUCGUCUUUCUCCAGCCCAGUCCUCCUCUUCCUAAUCUUCCUCCCUCUCGCGCUGAGCUUCAUCAUCGUGAUCGUCUCCUUCCUGCUGCCUCUGACCAACACUUGAUCAACAGAUCCUCCUCUCGCGGUUUGUUUGCGUCAUGUUGUGUGGGGUCCAUGAAAGCCUUGUGUUGUGUGUCGCCUAGAGAUCUGAUAGUUGGGUUCCACAAUUGUGUCCCUUUAGCCAUAAUUAAAGUAAUAAAGUUGACCUUUGAACCUUUAAAAUAAAUGUUUAUACCACUAACUACUGUGCCGAACAGCAUAUGUGCUUGUACUGUAAAUUAUGUCACUAUUUAAAUGGUUGCACUUAUUGCUUAAUUUAAUUGAAAUAUUUUGAAGAGCAUAUAAUUAUUUUAUGUACUUGGUUAAAACAUAGAGAUGUCUAUUUUUAUAGUGCCAGUUCUUGGUUGCAGUUAUAAUGUAUUAGAUUUCAUGAAAUCCAGCAAACCCUUAAAUGAUCAAAUAUGUAAGGGAUAAUGCAUAUUCAUUAUCUCACAUGCCAAACAGAUAUUUUUGCAAAAUCUCACUUUAAAAUAGUUUUGUUUGCUGUUUUAUGGCUUUCACUGUAAGAAAAAGAACAAAUGUAUCAAAUCUUUACUUGCUAACUAGUUGUAACAAUUUUUUUAUAAGUGAACACACUUGCAGAAUUAUAUGAGAAAUGUGAAUCAGAAGUACAAAACCCCUUGCCAAAUAUCAGUGUUGUCAUUACCAACAAAUAUUAGAUCUCCAGAUAUUUUGAUGGCACAUUCAUUUCAAUGGAAUGUUCUGCAGCAUUCUCUGGUGCUGAAUAAUAAAAGGUACUAUGUCAGAGGCUUUAAUGAAUCUGUUGAUUUGAUCUAAUGUUAGGGAUUAUGUCCAUGUGCACAAACUUACAAAAUGUGUAAAUAAGAACUAUCUUAUUAAUUUAUGCCUCUCAUAAUUAUUUACUUUUGUGGCUCUCCUCCUUACUCCUAUUUCUUCUCUUCAUUGUUUCUUCCACUCUGACUUCUUUCUUUCUCAGUUCUAAACCUUCCAUUGUUGCACAAACAAGUAACAUUGUUAUUUUUCUCUAUAAUCACUCUACCUCUCACUCUUUCUUUCUCUCUCUCUCUUUCUCUUUUGUGGUGAGUGGGAGAGUGAGGGUCAGUGAGAAGGUCACUUGUGGGAGAAAAAAGAAAUUGUAUGUGACAUAACUAUGCAAUCUGCAGUCAAUCUGUGUGAGUCUCAGACUGAACUGAAGUACACCCUAGAGAAAGUUCAAGCACAAUCACAGAACAGUGAACAUUUAAGUGAAAAUGUGUUUACAAAGCAAGCAACUGGCAGACUCUUAGUAUAGCCUGUGGUGAACAUAAAGGACUAACACUAACCAACCAAGCACAAGUGGUAUUGUCAGAGGGUGACAUACUUUGCAAUAUAGCAUCCUUUUGCUUGACUCUGUUGUGUACUCAUUGGGAUUGUGUAUAUCUGUCUGAUCUUGUUGAUGCACUGUGUUUCAAAUAAGCCAAACAAAAAAACAAGCCAUGGUAUCUCCUCUUAGCACUAACAUGUAUUUACUGCGGUAAUACAUUUAGAACCUUUCUUCCCUACCUCAGUAGAUAGGGACUGCCCACGAUUGUAGUGGCAGUCAUAAUAAAUAGCAUUUAUGUGUCAAUGAUGUGUGACUUCUCAUGUAGAGCAAGUCAUUCUGAUGUAUCUCUUCAGCCUCUGGUCCCUUGAUCUCUGGAUCCUCGAUGCCCUAUUUAAUGCCAGACAUGUAUUUAACCAAGGUGUAGACAUUAGGUCCUUAGCAACCAAACACUUCUUGAACUUUUACUUAGGCAGAUUUUGCUGUUUCAUUGCAUGGAUAAAGGAAACAGUCAGGCCUUUUCUUUUAGACCUUUAGUUUUGGUCUUUAAAACUGUUCUGUGAGACAUGUUGCUGGUAAACUGUUGGCCUAGCACUUAUCUAUGUUUGAAAAAGAUUUCCCAUGGCUUAAUCUGAAAUGUUAAAAUGAAUCAAUGUUGAUAAACCAAAGUUAUCCCCAAGAAUGCAUUUAAUGUUUUGUCUAUUUAACAAAGCUAUUUGACAACACGCUCUAUUUGUCUUCUUAUAAGGACGUUCCCUUGAAAAUAUGAUGUCUUUUUGUAUGUCAUGCCUGUAAGGGUUGGAUAAGAGUGAGAAAGACUGAAAGGUUGAUGAUUGAAAGCUUAAUACCACAGUAUGAAUGCAGUAUUUUAAUAUGCUCUUUCUACACCUAUAAUCCAGUGGCUCUCUCAUAAAUGUUGACAUGGAAUGUUAAACAAAAAUACUAAAACUAAGCCUUUGUGACCGCUUAAAAUAAUAUGCCACAGCAAGUUGAUGAUGCCAGUCCUCUUAAUGUCUAAACUGAGAGAAAGAAAAGACUUCUCAGUUUAACAUCUGUGCCACAGAUAUACUCAAAGUUGCUUUGUCGUACUUAGCGGAGUUACAGUAUUAUAAUUUGGGAAUAACAGUUAUUAUAAGGAUUUUGCUACCCUACAUUUCGGUAGCUAUUAUAUUAGUUAUUUCCUAAACUUAAAGUGAGUUGGCACAACAUUUCUCACACAUAUUUGCAGGUGAGCAGAUAUUUUUUAUGGAGUAUGAUCAAGCCCUUUUAUUAGAACGACACAAGAUGCGUAAGACUACAUGUUAAUGAGCAACCUAGUCCUUAGAGAUAAUAAAAAAUGCUUGCCUUUGAAGCAAGAUUUAGAUGAAGCAUUUUUAAAAUUGUGCAAAUAGAGUAGAAGAGUAUAAACCACAAAUAACAGAGGUGGCACCGUAGACUUACACUCUUGGGUGCUUUCAACUGUGCAACCACCUGCUAUCCAGAGCCUCAGUUUUGUUGAUCUGUUGUAAUAACCAUCAUGUGUAAAUGUCAGAUAAACAAGGUUUGGGUCCCCCCCCCCCC